AUGUCUCAAGCCGUGCAGACCAACGGGACACAACCUUUGAGUAAAACAUGGGAGCUCAGCUUGUACGAAUUGCAAAGAACACCUCAGGAAGCAAUCACCGAUGGCUUGGAAAUAGUGGUGUCACCCAGGAGCCUGCACAGUGAGCUGAUGUGCCCCAUCUGUUUGGAUAUGCUAAAAAACACCAUGACGACAAAAGAAUGUCUGCAUCGCUUCUGUGCCGACUGCAUCAUCACAGCCCUCAGGAGCGGCAACAAAGAAUGUCCCACGUGUCGUAAAAAGCUAGUUUCAAAAAGAUCACUGAGACCAGAUCCCAAUUUUGAUGCUCUCAUCAGUAAAAUUUAUCCAAGCCGGGAUGAAUAUGAAGCUCAUCAAGAGAGAGUGCUAGCAAGAAUCAGCAAGCACAACAACCAGCAAGCUUUAAGUCACAGCAUUGAGGAAGGAUUAAAAAUUCAGGCUAUGAACAGGCUACAGAGGGGCAAGAAACAGCAGAUUGAGAAUGGCAGUGGGGCGGAGGACAACGGCGACAGCUCACACUGCAGCAACGCCUCAACGCACAGCAACCAGGAGGCAGGGCCUAGUAAUAAGAGGACCAAGACAUCAGAUGAUUCUGGGCUGGAACUGGACAAUAACAACACGACUGUGGCAAUAGAUCCUGUAAUGGAUGGUGCUAGUGAAAUUGAGUUGGUGUUCAGGCCUCAUCCGACCCUCAUGGAGAACGACGACAGUGCACAGACGAGAUACAUCAAGACCUCAGGCAAUGCCACCGUUGAUCACUUGUCCAAGUACCUAGCCGUGAGAUUGGCUUUGGAGGAGCUUCGCAGCAAAGGAGAGUCCAACCAGAUGAACCUGGACACGGCCAGCGAGAAGCAGUACACCAUUUACAUCGCCACCGCCAACGGGCAGUUCACUGUAUUAAAUGGGUCGUUUUCCUUGGAACUGGUCAGUGAGAAGUACUGGAAGGUGAACAAACCCAUGGAACUGUACUAUGCGCCAACUAAGGAACACAAAUGAGCUGUGCUGGAAACCCAGGGCGGGACUAACUCUUUACAGCUAUGACUUCUUUAAUAGUAAAAGAAGGCACCACCAUUAUCUUCAUGGACACUACAUGUGAUGCCUUCAGGCUCUCUCAGUAUACUUAUUAAUAUGAUUAGACAGUAUUCUGGGUUGUAUUU